AAUGUGACGCCCUUCACUCCACUCCCCAUUCAAAUUGAACUUACUAGCAAAACCCUCCUCCGCCAUUCAUUUUCCCCAAAUUCACAGAUUUACAUUCUCGCUUUUCUACCCAUAUAUACAGGCUCAAGAUGUCACUGAGGCCCAACGCCAAGGUGGAGGUCCGCCGCAACAGGUACAAGGUGGCGGUCGAUGCGGAGGAGGGACGGCGGAGGAGAGAGGACAACAUGGUGGAGAUACGCAAGAACCGGAGAGAGGAAAGCCUACAGAAGAAGCGUCGUGAAGGACUCCAAGGAAACCAGCAGUUCCCUAUUCCUGUCGAAGCCACCACUGGCAUCGAUAAAAAGGUGCAGUUAGAAAAUUUGCCGGGAAUGGUUGCCGCUGUCUGGACAGAUGAUUCUAGUAGACAGCUAGAGGCGACUACCCAAUUUCGAAAAUUGCUUUCUAUAGAACGGAGUCCUCCAAUCCAGGAGGUCAUUCAAGCUGGUGUUGUUCCUCGCUUAGUUGAAUUUCUCACGAGGGAAGAUGUUCCACAGCUUCAGUUUGAAGCAGCUUGGGCCCUCACAAAUAUUGCUUCUGGGACAUCUGAGCACACUAAGGUGGUUAUUGAUCAUGGAGCUGUCCCAAUUUUUGUGAAACUUCUUGGUUCUGCAAGUGACGAUGUCCGAGAACAGGUAUAUAUGUUAUAG